AACGUUACCUACCGAAGAGUAAAGUGAACUACCACCUAGACCUACAACCUACAUAUUUCUUAUCAGUUGCAACUGGUCCUCUUUCUCUCUCACGAAUGAAAAUUGAAAAUUUUGGUUACCGGCAUCGAUCUCUCUGAAACGUGGAAUGUGAAUUGAAUUACUUUGCAAGAAAUUUAGAAUCAUUUCGUAUUCGUAGCGUUUGAAUUUAUCAAGUUUAAGUGGUUGUACAGUGAUCCGAAGUCAUGCUCAAACCUUUCUCGUUAUCGAAGUGCCUGCGAGCCAAACGCGAAAAACGACCUAUAGUUCUCGAACCUAUGUACGAUUUCACGUUCAAGAAGAUGUUUGAUCCGUUGGAAAACAAGCCUGUUCUUCGAAAUUUUCUCAACAGCAUGUUAUCGGGGAUAUCUCUCAUGAACGGUGACAAAAUAGAAAAUGUCGAACUACUAGAUUCUAUUCCUGAUUUGCCCAUAGAUGCUGCUAAACGAGUAAAACAGGAUGUUCUAACCAAUGUAUUGUGCAAGUCUACGAAUGGGGACCAGUUCAUCGUGAAUUUGAGUAUGCAGCAACAGCACCACCCGCAUUUUUUGACGCAUAUACAGUGUCAUCAUGCUUUCAUUUAUUCAAAUCAAAUCAGUGAAGAAGAAUUACAUUCUUCGCCUCGAGGCUUUGGGUUAUUGAAACCAGUCGCCAUGUUGGCAAUCUGCAAUUUCUCAGUGUUCAGCGAAACGGAGAAGGAUUAUAUAACAAGAUGUGAAAUGAGAACAGGACAGAACCUGGAAAAAAUAUCACCUUUUUCAAAACUGUUAGCGUAUGUGUAUGUUGAACUGCCCAAAUUUUCAGUUACCAACUUCGAUGAAAUUCAGACUGACGCUGAUAAAUGGAGUUUCUUUCUCAAGUACGCUGCAGAUGAAGAUCAAAAGUCAGCGAUUCAACAACUCGUAAAUAGUGAUGCGGAUUUUAAAAAAGCGUACGAAGUAUUGCAAGCUGAUAACUGGUCUUUGGCUGAAUUGGCUCAGUUUGCUGGAGUUAUCACUGAUGAAGAUCUUAUUGAAGCUAUUCGUCGCGAAGAAAAACAAAACAUUGCUGAAAACAUGUUACGAAAUGGCGUGGAUCCUUCUGUUAUAUCAAAAGGGACUAGUUUGGAAAUGAACGAAGUUGAAGCGUUGCGAAAGCAAAUCGAAGUUGAAAAAGAUCAUCCUGUAUAGUUUAUAUUUUAUCUCUGUGUUCAUGCUCAGUUUUUUUUUUUAAUGUUUUUUUACCAAAUUAUUUAUACUUAAUGAACAGAUUUUUUCCUUUUUUGUUCCUGCGUAAAGAUGAAGUAUAAAAUUAAUUUUUGUUACUGGUAUUUAGUGAGAAUAAAAUCGUGAUGUUUAGCAAUA